AUACAUUCUCUCAAAGUUACACUCCUCGUAAUAUAUAAUAUCUGUGUGUGUGUAGAGAGAUUUUCAGUUUUCACAAAACAAGCAAGCAAUACUGCAGAAAGCUGCAGAGCUGAGCGUACAACUAAGAACUAUCUAUAGAAAGGGAGUCAGUUACUACUAACGGUUUUUUCCCCUUUCUUCCCAUUUUGCCCUUCCACUCUUCUCAAAUUCACACCUCCAAUGCCACUCACCUUCAAACACUAGAUCUGCAAACAACAAAUCCAAACAAAAAGCAAAAAAGCUUUAAAGAUGAUCACCUGGAAAGACUUGUACACAGUUUUAACGGCUGUGAUUCCACUCUACGUAGCGAUGAUCUUAGCCUACGGCUCCGUCCGGUGGUGGAAGAUUUUCUCGCCGGACCAGUGCUCCGGAAUCAACCGCUUCGUCGCCAUCUUCGCCGUACCUCUCCUCUCUUUCCACUUCAUCUCCACCAACGACCCGUACUCCAUGAAUUUCCGGUUCAUCGCCGCCGAUACGCUUCAGAAAAUCAUCAUGCUCGUCGUUUUGACCUUUUGGACCAACUUCACCAAGAACGGUAGCUUGGAGUGGAUGAUAACGAUUUUCUCACUUUCCACGUUGCCAAACACCUUGGUUAUGGGAAUUCCAUUGCUCAUAGCUAUGUACGGUAAAGACUCUGGUUCUCUCAUGGUUCAGGUCGUGGUUUUGCAGUGUAUCAUUUGGUACACUCUGCUUCUCUUUUUGUUCGAGUACCGCGGCGCAAAGAUGCUCAUCAUGGAGCAGUUUCCCGAAACGGCAGCUUCGAUCGUGUCGUUCAAAGUCGACUCCGACGUCAUGUCGUUGGACGGCCGUGAUUUCCUCGAGACCGACGCCGAAAUCGGCGACGACGGGAAGCUCCACGUCACGGUGAGGAAAUCGAACGCGUCGAGACGAUCGCUCGGUCCGUGUUCGCUUCCGGCAUUGACGCCUCGACCGUCGAAUCUCACCGGCGCCGAGAUUUACAGCCUGAGUUCGUCUCGGAAUCCGACGCCGCGAGGCUCCAACUUCAACAACUCCGAUUUCUACUCCAUGAUGGGAUGCCAAGGCUUCCCGCCGGGGCCGAGGCAUUCGAGUUUCGGUCCCGCCGACGUGUAUUCCGUACAGUCCUCACGAGGUCCGACUCCGAGAACUUCGAACUUCGAAGAGAAUUGUACUCCAACAGGGGCUCAGACCGUUCCUUCUCCGAGAUUUGGAUUUUAUCCAGCUCAACCCGUAACGGCGUCGUAUCCAGCUCCUAACCCUGAGUUCUCAUCAACUAUUACUAAAAACACCAAAAUUCAGCAGCAAGCUCCACCACAAGGUCCGAAUAACGGUACUGCUAACACCAAGGCGAGUCAUGAUGCCAAGGAGCUCCACAUGUUCGUGUGGAGCUCCAGCACGUCUCCGGUUUCCGAAGGCGGUGGGCUCCACGUGUUCGGUGGGACCGACUUCGGAGCCUCGGAGCAAUCUGGACGGUCCGAUCAAGGCGCCAAGGAGAUCCGCAUGUUGGUUGCUGCUGAUCAUCCGCACAAUGCGGAAAGCAACAAAGGGAUUGGGGAAAGUGAGGGGGGAUUGGGUGCGGAGGAAUUCACGUUUGCAGGGAGGGAAGAGGAAGAAGAGGAAGAGAGAGAAAAAGAGGGUCCCAUUGGACUCAACAAGUUUGGGUCCAGUUCAACAGCUGAGCUUCACCCGAAAUCUGUUGCAGGAGCUCCAGAGACCAUUACCGGAAAACAAAUGCCUCCAGCUAGCGUUAUGACUCGUCUCAUAUUAAUCAUGGUGUGGCGUAAACUUAUCCGCAACCCCAACACCUAUUCCAGUCUCAUUGGUCUUGUCUGGUCACUUGUCGCUUAUCGGUGGAAUGUGGUUAUGCCAAAAAUAAUAGAGAAGUCAAUCUCCAUACUAUCCGAUGCUGGGCUUGGAAUGGCUAUGUUUAGCUUAGGUCUGUUUAUGGCUCUUCAACCCAAGAUAAUAGCUUGUGGGAAUUCGGUUGCUUCUUUUGCUAUGGCAGUAAGAUUUCUCACCGGCCCCGCGGUAAUGGCCGCGGCUUCCAUUGCCGUUGGCUUGCGCGGUAGGCUGCUACACAUAGCAAUUGUUCAGGCUGCACUUCCACAAGGAAUUGUUCCCUUUGUGUUUGCUAAAGAAUACAAUGUUCAUCCAGCCAUUCUUAGCACUGCGGUUAUCUUUGGGAUGUUGAUAGCAUUACCUAUUACUCUUGUCUACUACAUUGUUCUUGGUUUGUGAAGUUUACACUUUACAGUAGUAGCAAAAAUAGGAGGAGUUUUAGAAGAGAAUUCUAGAUGUGAUUAUGUCUUUACAUGUGAGCAUUGGCCACACCGGAAUAUGUUGUUGUUGCAUGAGGAUUUUCUGGCAGAAAUCAAUGGUAGGGCAAAGAGUACGCUAAGUUCCAAACUUUGGAUCAAAGAUAAGAUAUAUCUGACUCUGGUGGAAGCCUUGAUCUGAGGGUCACUGCCCCCAUUAACACCUGAAGUUUCAUCUAGUUUCCAAAAGUUUGAGAAGAACAAGGAAUGCCCGUCUAGCCAAAUGGGAACAAUAGCGAGAAAAUCCCGGAAAGAAAGUUGUAAUCCCCAAAAAAAAAUAUUUGAAAAACAAGAAGGUGGUCAAUUAUAUCUGAUUCUCUCCCAUUCAGUUGUGCGUGUAAAGUUGGAUUUCAAAAAUCCCCUCUACCACAUAAAAAGUGUCAAAGUUGAUUACUGAAUUGAGGAGAAAGAAUAGGAGGGAAUAAUUUUCUUUUUAAUUUUUUUAUUAGUUUUGUUGUUAGUGUUGGUUUUGAUUGUCCGUGGAUCCGGCAAUUAUUUGAUUUUGUCGUUUCUUUCUUGGUUUGUAAUUUAGUUUAGGAAUUUUA